AUGAAUGUCAGCACAUCAUGUGUUGAUUUAUUUGUCGAUAUCAAUGAUACUCUUUACUGCUCAAUGUCUGAUUAUGAUCAAGUAGUGAAAAGAUCAUUACAUGAUUCGGUGAUGACUUCAAAUCGUGUUGCUGCUGGAACAGGUAUCCAAGGAUCAGCUUCAAAUGAACUUUCUUAUCCUCACGGAAUCUUCGUCGACGUGAAUUUGGAUUUAUAUGUAGCAGAUUGUCAAAAUGAUCGAGUUCAAUUAUUUCAGUCCGGAGAAUCAAAUGGUAUCACAGUAGCUGGAAGUACAUCACUAAAUCCGACAAUUACACUUCGUUGCCCAACUGGAAUCAUAUUAGAUGCUGAGAAGUACUUAUUCAUUGUGGAUUAUGGUAAUAGUCGUAUUGUUGGUUCAGGCGUGACUGGUUUUCGAUGUUUAGUUGGAUGUCAUGGGAGGGGUUCACUAUCCAGUCAAUUAAAUAGCCCAGUUAGUUUUAGUUUCGACAGUUAUGGAAACAUGUUUGUUAAUGAUCAAUGGAAUAAUCGAAUUCAAAAAUUUUUAUUGAUGAAAGAAUCUUCUAGACUUUCAUUUAAUCAACCAAAGUUUUGUCCUACAGCCACUUGGAAUUCCAAUGGAAUUACUAUCGCUAAUCAAUCGAUUGUUGGUUCAGAUCCUCGUGCAAUUUUUGUGGACACAAAUAACACAAUCUAUGCCGCUAAUCGAGAAAACAACACAAUUAUAAUGUGGCAUGAAGAGAGUGUCAAUCCAACAAAGAUCAUCUACGGUAAUUUUACAAACUCCGAAUCUCUCUUCGUGACAUCGAAUGGUGAUAUUUAUAUUGAUGAUGGUGUUAUUAAUGGUCGAGUGCAGAAAUGGAGUGCAGAAACAAAUACCUUUGUUACAGUGAUGAAUGUCAACUCAUCAUGUGUUGGUUUGUUUGUCGAUAUCCAUGACACUCUUCACUGUUCAAUGCCUGAUUAUGAUCAAGUAGUGAAAAGAUCAUUACAUGAUGCUGUGAUGACUUCAAAUCGUGUUGCUGCGGGAACUGGUAUUCGAGGAUCAGCCUCGAAUCAACUUGCUGGUCCUCGUGGAAUCUUUGUUGAUGUGAACUUGGAUUUAUAUGUAGCAGAUUGUUUCAAUAACCGUAUUCAAUUGUUUCCGUCAGGAGAAUCAAAUGGUAUCACAGUAGCUGGAAGUGUGUCAGUAAAUCCAACAAUUACACUUCGUUAUCCAACUGGAAUCAUAUUAGAUGCUGAGAAGUACAUAUUCAUUGUGGAUAGUUACAAUCAUCGCAUUAUUAGUUCAAGCCUGAAUGGUUUUCGAUGUUUAGUUGGAUGUUAUGGGGUGGGUUCACAAUCCAAUCAAUUGUAUUAUCCAUUUAGUUUUAGUUUUGAUCAUUCUGGAAACAUGUUUGUUACGGAUUCAUCAAAUCAUCGAAUUCAAAAAUUUCGAUAUUUGGAAGAAUCAUGUGGUAAGUUUAGAAUGAUCGAAUAA